AUGAAGGUGAAGAAGCAAAAUCAUCACGGCUCCUCCAUCACGCGGUGUCGCUUUGACCCCCAGAGCCGGACCGUUGCCACGGCGUCGGCAGACCGCCACGUCAAGCUGUGGGACCUGGUGGCCCACAGGACCACGGUCAACAUCAACAGUAACCACGGCAACGUCGUGUCUGACUGCUGCUUCACCACCAGCGGGAACUUCCUGUGCACGGCGUCGUGGGACAGGACGUUAAAGCUGUGGGACCUGCAGGCCGGACGCUUCCGGUCUCAGGGCGGGACGGCGCUGCAGAGAGGCCACGAAGGCAGCGUGAGCUCCUGCAGCUUCUCUGCCGACGGCGGCCUGCUGGUGUCUGGCUCCUAUGACAGGACUGUUGCACUCUGGGAGAUGUCGUCCCUCUGCCAGACUCUCAUCCUGAGGGGCCACAGUGAUUGGGUGACAGAUGUGUCAAUCAGCGCUGACAGGAAGUUGGUGGUCUCCGCCUCCAAGGACAGAACGGUGAGGUUAUGGGACAUCGAAAACAUGGAAGAAGUCCCACAAGUCCUGGAGAAGACGAGGACGGAAGGUACCGGAAUCCACAUCCUCAAGUGUGAGGAGUGUGGGGCGGCCUUCCCAGUCUCCCGGCUGCAGACCUCCGAGCUGCUGACUCGCUGCGUCUUCUGUCGACUCAACACGCCGUCCAAGUACCGCCCGCAGCCGCCGCCGCUCAUGUGACUUCCUGUCCCGGGAUCAGAGGUCAGCCACGCACCAAGCCUUCAGAGUGACUUCCUGUCCCGGGGUCAGAGGUCAGCCACGCACCAAGCCUUCAGAGUGACUUCCUGUCCCGGGGUCAGAGGUCAGCCACGCACCGUGCUUUCAGAGUGAC